AUGUUGGAAGAGUCAGAUUUUGAUGUCAACAAACCUGCAACAUUUGUGCAUUCUGAUGAUGAAGAUGCAUAUGUGUCCACUACCAAUAAUGACAUACUGAUGAUGAUAAUGAUUGUGUUGUUACUAGUGAUGGAAACUGUUGGAGCACAUCUCCGACUUGACGCAUCAUGUGUGGAUGGUGCUAUCAUAUGGGGUAACUCAUGGGGUGUGCACUUCUUACCUGAUCUCUAUCAUGCUACUGUGACAUUGCCUGAAACACUGGCCAGACUGAGAGAAAGAAAGCAGCCAGCACGUAAAGUAGUUGCAGAUGAUGUAUGGCUGAAAAAGGACCUCCAUCAACAGAUGGUGAAACAACAAAACCUACAAAGAGUUUCAAAGCCAGCACGUUUUAACCUCAGUCAAUCAACAGCAAUUAUAAAACAUAUACAUGAUUUGUGGCAUGGCACAGAACCCGAUAAGGCUGUGUCAAUGGCUGUGUUCUCAGACGGCUCUUAUGAUGUUCCUUCAGGUUUGAUGUUUACAAUGCCAACAGUGUGCAAAGAUCGCUCAUGGAAAAUCAAACAGCUUCCCAUUGAUGCAUUUGUAGAGCUGAGUAUCAAGAGGAUAGUGCGUGAAAUUGAGACAGAAACCAAGAGAGUAAUGAAGGUUUGGGAGGAGGAAGAAAGGGCCUACACUUCUCUAAAGACUCAAGACUGAACUCAAAAUAAUGUUUUGUGCCUUUUGUUCUAUAUUAUGAUGUGUUCAGCGUUAAUAGCUAUACAUGUGGUGUAAAGGAAGAUCGUGUUGAAAAUAUAUUUAUGUUUGUAAGAGAAACAAUCAAAGCUCAUCAGAUACUCAAAA